AUGGAUAACAUGUCUUAUCCUGUGAUAUUAACUCUUAUUAUCCCUAAAGAUUCUAAAUCUUAUAGGCAUGUAUAUUUUAUUUGUUUCCUUGUCUUAUAUCUGCUUAUAUUGUCCAUUAAUAUUCGUCUUGUUGUGGUCAUAGUUAUGGAGAAAGUUCUUCAUGAACCAAUGUACAUCUUCUUAUGUCAUCUGUGUAUAAAUGGUGUUUAUGGAGCAACAGGAUUCUACCCUAAAAUACUGUCUGAUUUAAUAUUGGAUUCAUACGUGAUUUCCUCUCACAUGUGUGCUCUGCAGAUCUUUGUUAUUUACAGUUCUUUACUGUGUGAGUUCACAAUAUUAACAGUGAUGUCUUAUGACAGAUAUGUUGCCAUUUGUAAACCUUUAGACUAUCAUACAAGAUUAACCAAAAAUACUUGUGUAAAAUUAAUUCUGUUCUCAAGAAUUGCACCCACUUUUUCUGUUUUCAUUGGCACCUUGUUAUCAAAUGUGAGGCCUUUUUGUACUUAUCACAUAGACAAAUUAUACUGUGACAACUGGUCAGUUGUAAAACUGUCUUGUGCAUCAUCUUUUGUUAAUGAUGUCUAUGGAUACAUUAUUGGUGUUGUUUCUAUUAGCUUUGCGGUUUUUAUAAUUUUUUCCUAUAUUAAGUUGGUUGCUGCUUGUAAAGCAUCUUUAGAAAACAGAAAAAAAUUCUGGCAAACUUGUCUGCCACAUAUAUUCUCACUGAUUAAUUUCUGCAUUGCUAUAACUUUUGAUUUCAUGUAUAGCAGAUAUGGUGCAAAAGACGUGCCAGAGAGUUUACGCCAUUUUUUAGCUUUAGAGCUAGUGAUUGUCCCACCUCUGUUUAAUCCUCUAAUCUAUGGGUUAAAUAUAAGAGUACUACGUAAAUUAGCUUUUACUUCAUGUAAUGCAGGAAGAUAA